GGUGGGGGGAGUUGCAUGCGAAUACCUUGCACACGGAAACGCGUACGUAACCAAGUAGCUGUGUGUACAAGAGUACCGCGUUACGAAGAAAAUAAUUACGUUAAUUUUAUCCAUUUUAUAUCAUUUUUUAUCAAUAAUUCUAUUUAUUUCCAAAUCAUUGAUAAAACUUACGAGAUGUCAAGUGGGCCGACACAUAAGUAUCGUUAUAAAAAUGUGGGUUUAGACUCACAGGAAUUAAGACGACGUAGAGAAGAAGAAGGUGUACAAUUAAGAAAACAAAAACGUGAACAACAAUUAUCAAAAAGACGUAAUGUACCUAAUAUUGUUUCCGACGAGGAUAAUGUUUCAACUACAGACGAAUAUUCUCUACCUACGCCACAAUUACAAAGUGUUGUUAUAACAAAAAAAUUGGUACAAGCGUUAUACAGUCCUAAUGUAGAAGAUCAAUUAGCAGCUACUCAAAAAUUCCGAAAGUUAUUAUCGAGAGAACCAAAUCCUCCUAUAGAUGAAGUUAUACAUACAGGAAUAGUACCUCGAUUUGUUGAAUUUUUGAAAAAUGAUAGUAAUUGUACACUUCAGUUUGAAGCUGCUUGGGCUUUGACAAAUAUUGCGAGUGGAACAUCUCAACAAACACGUAUGGUAAUAGAAACAGGAGCUGUACCUACUUUUAUAUCGUUACUCAGUUCCGAAUACGAAGAUGUACGAGAACAAGCAGUUUGGGCUUUGGGCAAUAUUGCAGGAGAUAGUCCUGAAUGUAGAGAUAAUGUUAUAGAUUCUGGUGUCCUUCCACCUCUUCUACAACUUCUUUCUAAAACCACGCAUCUAUCAAUGACACGGAAUGCUGUAUGGGCAUUGUCAAAUCUCUGUCGUGGCAAAAAUCCUGCACCUCACUUUCAUAAAGUAUCACCGUCUUUACCAGUUUUAGGACAACUUCUUAAUCAUUCAGAUUCAGACGUUCUUGCUGAUACUUGUUGGGCUUUGUCGUAUUUAAGCGAUGGCCCAAAUGAUAAAAUACAAGCAGUUAUAGAUGCCGGUGUUUGUAGGCGUCUUGUAGAACUUUUGAUGCGUGAAGAAAAUAAUGUAGUGAGCGCAGCUCUUCGUGCUGUUGGUAACAUAGUUACUGGUGAUGAUGUACAAACUCAAGUUGUACUAAAUUGUUCUGCGCUACCUUGUUUAUUACAUCUUUUGAAUUCAUCACGAGAAGCUGUACGUAAGGAAGCUUGUUGGACGGUUUCUAAUAUCACUGCUGGUAACCCUCAACAAAUACAGGCUGUUAUUGAUGCUAAUAUUUGCCCUGUACUAAUUGACAUAUUAGAAAAAGCUGAAUUUAAAACUCGAAAAGAAGCAGCUUGGGCAAUCACAAAUGCUACCAGUGGUGGUACACCAGAACAAAUUCGUUAUCUUGCAUCACAAGGAUGUAUUUCACCAUUGUGCGAUUUAUUAACAGUCAUGGAUACAAAGAUCCUUCAGGUUGCAUUAAAUGGUUUAGAAAAUAUUUUACGUCUUGGUGAACAAGAUGCUGCUAUGCACAAUGGUAUAAAUCCUUAUGCAGUUUUGAUCGAAGAAUGUUAUGGCCUAGACAAAAUUGAAUUUCUUCAAUCUCAUAGAAAUACGGACAUUUAUCAAAAAGCUUUUGAUAUUAUCGAUCGAUAUUUCGGAUCUGAGGAAGAAGAUACAAGAAUUGUUCCAUCUAUUGAUUCGCAAGGACAACAAUUUCAGUUCACAGCACCCGACUCUUCUCAACUUCCAGUUGAAGGCUUUGAAUUUUAAUUGAUUAAAAAAAUAUUGAUUGAAACCUGGAAUAACGUGCUUCUGAAUACGACUGUUCCAUGCGCUAUCUUUUACGAUCCUUAAUCUCAUGAGAAAUGUAAUAUCUCUAAAAACCGAAAAAUAACAACUAGCUAUACGAGUUUUCUCAUACUGAAAAAAAAAAAAAAAACAACAAAACUAGCUGUACAAGUUUUCUCAUACAUUGUAUUAUUAUUAUUACAAAUGCUUUUGAGUUGGUAUAUCAGUCAUUGAAAAAAAAAAAAAGAAAAAAAAAGAAAAGGAAAAAUAUCAAUAGUACACACAUACCCCCUUUUAAAAGAAAAUUAUUAGAUUUUUGUCUCUUAACAAAAUGAAGGUGCAAGGGAUACAUUUUCUUAUCUUGCAAAGGUGUUUUAAUUUUACAAAGUCAUAUAAUUUUGCAUUAACCUCUUCCGCUAUGUGAUAAAUAGUGCAGCUUGUGAGCAAAUAAUAAUAAUAUCUCGCAAAACAAAUCGAAACUAUUAUUUCGAUUUUUAUUUGUAUAUUUGUCUCACAAUUUGUAUCAGAGUUGGACUUGUGAUAAUAGCAGAAGGGAUUAAUGUUCUUAUAUCUUUUGCUUUUUUUGGCUCUUAUUCUGAACAAAAUAAAUCUUUAUUAAAUUGUAAUUGUCAAAGCUUUUAUCAAGCUUUUGUUUGUUCAUAUAUAUAUAUAUAUAUACAUAUAUAUAUAUAUAUUACUGAUUGAUCAGUAAAUUUAUUCGUAUAUACUUUUGCAGCGUAAAGCGUUCAGUUUAACAGAGAUAUAAAAAAAAAAAAAAAGAAAAAAAAACAACAGAAACCAUUGUAUUAGUGCUUAAAAAGUAAGUAUGAUUUAAGUGCUAAAACUGUUGGCAAACAGAAGAAAAAAAAAACAAAGAGAGAGAGAGAGAGAGAGAGAGAUCGAUUAUAUUCAAAGCCAGAUAUUAUACGUACACAUUACGACAUGACUGACUGAGAAUUACGACACAGCAACACAGCAACAAUAAUGACGACUUGCACAACUUGCAAGAUUUACUGUAUUACUGAAGUAAACGACUAUUACUACUUCUACUAACUAUUACAGCCAAUUCGGACAACAUUACACAAUGUGGUACUACUACUCAUCGUCUCUUAACUAUGAUAGAUUAAUAAAAAUAUGACCAAUUAAACUUUUUUACUGUAAAUACGUAUCUCGUAAUAUUAAGGCUAUUCUAUACAGAGUGCCCUGAUAGAUGAAAACCGUAAUUACAAUGAUCAGACAAUUGUAAACAAAAAAAAAACA